AUGUUCCCCAAUAGCCACGACACCAAAAUGAAAUCACAAUUCCUCUCUACCAAACCUCUCCCUAUUUGCUUCUGCACAGUUCUGUUUUUGUUCCAUCUAAUUACUCCACUGUCAGGUGAUGAAAAUGAACAGUAUAAGAGUUGUGGAAAUCUGUUCAACUGCGGGAAAAUCACUGGCAUUCAUUACCCUUUCUGGGGAAAUAACAGGCCUCGGGAAUGCGGUUAUCCCGGGCUCAAACUCGAAUGUGAAAACGACACUACGAUAAUUGAGACAGAAACACUGAAAUACCGCGUCCUGGAUAUCAACCAGGACACGCAGGUUCUAAGGAUCACUCGAAUGGACAUUUCCACAGACAUCUGUGGAGCGAAAUUCGUCAACACAAUCCUGGAUUCAGAACUAUUUGAGUAUGCUUCUGCCUAUAUGAAUCUCACGUUUCAUUACGGUUGCCCACCUCCAAUUUUUCCUUUCCCGAAUCAAUUUGAUUGCCCUGUAAAGGGUACAACGAACAGAAAUGGCUACGUUGAGAUGGGAACUCUGCUUUCCGAGUCCAUGUGCCAUGCCAGUCUCGUGGUUCCAACUAGCUACAACUCUUUUGGUAAUUUGAAGGGAUUGCCCAAUCUGUUAGAUCUUGUGCGAGAGGGAUUUGAGGUUCGGUGUAAGGUGGACAUUAGUGCGUGCCGUUCGUGCGAGAAUUCGGGUGGGAGGUGUGGGUAUGAUCUUGCUUCGAAUCAGUUCAUUUGUUUGUGCCAGAAUCAGCCUCCGGGGUCCGCCGUCUGCAAGGGCAGCCCAUUUCUUACCGGAAAUACAACGCAACCGUCACCGGCGGGAAUGGGAUCAUCGGAAUCAUCAAGAUCAGGUGCGUUUGUACUCCAAUUGCAUAUAAUUUCAUCUCAAUUUUAUGUAGGAUUGAACAAUGUUCGUACUAACUGA